AUGUGGCUGCCUCGCCAACUUGCUCGACCGCCUCUUUCCCUCGUCCUCUACCCGCUCACUCCGCUCGUCCGGGUCCAGAGUGCGCUCAAAGACUUUCAGACGUCCUCUUUAACGCCAGCUACACCCACAACCGAGCCCUUUGCUUCUCCCGCGCCGCUUCCCCACCUUCAAUCUUCAUCAGUCGACUCGUCGUUCAAGACCGCCCCUCGCCUUCGCAACACGAUGGAGGCGCUCACGGCCGAGUUCAAGUCGCUUGCGGUGACUUCGCUGGGCGAUCCGGGCCAGACUGGAGUCGUUCUCGCGCAGCGCCCGGACAAGGGUGGCACGCUUGGCAGGCCCAUUCCUCUCGUCGCCAACCUCUACCGCCUCAAGUUCAAGAAGCCCCCUUCGAUCUCCCACUACGACGUUACUGUCACCGAGGUCCGCCCUGAGGAUGCGCCGCCUCGUCGCUCCGGCAACGGUCCUCCUCCUGCUAUCAACCGCGAGACGAGUAUCGCCAUCUGGGACGCCCUCGUUGCCUUGAACCCCGACAAUCUCGGCGAGCCGUUGCGCCAGGCUGCGUUCGACUGUCGCAAGAACGCCUUCACCCUCGGUCGUCUCAACAUCCCCGACGGCACCAAGACGUACCGCGUCGAACUCCCAGCCGAGUCGGCGACGCGUGCGCCGCGCCAGUUCGACGUCAAGCUCUCGCUCGCUCAGUUCCUCGACCUCUCGAUCCUCGACGCAUUCUGCCAGCACAAGCGUGCGGCUAACCUUUCGGACCUCGCUGCCACCGCCAUCAUGGCCCUCGACGACUACGUCGUCGGCGGCGCUGGUCGCAAGUUCCUCAACAUGCGCGCUUCGACCCCGCUCGGCCAAGGUGGAGAGCUCCUCGCCGGUCUCUUCCAGUCGGUCCGCCCGACCGUGUCGGGCAUGGUCGUCAACCUCGACUCGGCGUACUCACCCUACAUCGUCACCGGCGAUCUCCUCUCCGUCUGCAACGCCAUCGUCGGACGCCAGCAGACGCAGGGCGGAGCGCCUCAGAGGGGCGGACGAGGCGGACGCGGUGGCCCGAGGGGUCGUGGAGGCUACCCUGCCGCUGGUCGCGCGAUGCCUGCCAAUUUCUCCGACCAGGAGAUCCGCGAGCUUAAGCGUAAGCUUGGCAACUCGAAGGUCCGAGUCACGCACCGCAAGGACACUCGCCCGUUCACCAUCGUCGGUUUCGGCCAGCCCGUCGGACGCCAGGUCGUCAGCAUCGGCGAUCGCAGCAAGAAGGGCAAGGGCGCCGCCAAGCCGACCGCGAAGGAGGCUGCCGCCGCUGCCGCCAAGGGCCAGGCCCUCCCCGAGCGCGAGAAGACGCAGCAGCAGACGAUGACGGUCGCCGACUACUUCGCUAAGACGUACAACAUGACCAAUAUCAACCUCGCGCUUCCCGCCGUCGAGCUCCGCGGCGGUCAGUUCGUCCCGAUGGAAGUCCUCGAGCUCCUCCACGGCCGCAUCAUCCCCCCGACGCAGCUCACGGCGCAGCAAGCUUCCGCGAUGAUCAACACCGCGGCGAAGCCUCCCGCCGAGCGUCGCGCAAACAUCGACCAGAUCCGCCAGCAGGCCGAGUUCGGACCGGGCUCGCGCCCGAACGCCUGGGGACUCGACGUCUCGGUCGACAUGAUGAGGCUGCAGGGUCGCCUCCUCCCGCCGCCCAAGGUCCAGUACCACGCGACUUCGCGCAAGGCCAUGCCGAAUGUCGCGUUCGGAUCGUGGAACCUCGUCGAGAGCAGGUUCCUCGUUCCCGCUCCGCCGCUCGUGCACUGGUCCGUCGCCGUCUUCGCGCCGGAGCGAGACGCCCCCCGCCCAGCCCUCCAGAACUUUUUCGGCAUGCUCAUCCAGCAAGCGGCGUCUCGCAGCUGCCAGAUCAGGAUCCCUGCGGAUCAGCAGUUGAAGGUGACCUACUGGGACGGUCGCGAGGACCGCCUCAGUACGCUCAAGCGCGCUGCCAACCUCGUCAUGCAGAACAACCCGCAGAACAAGGCCGGCCAGCCUCCCCAGCUCAUCUUCUGCAUCCUCCAGGAUCCGAAGGCGUACGACGACAUCAAGCGCGAGAGCGCUCUCGAGCUUCCUGUCGCUGUCACGACGCAGUGCUGCCUGCUCAAGAACAUCUUCAAGCCCCGCGGCGUCGACCAGUACUGCGGCAACUUGAUGCUCAAGAUCAACGCAAAGCUCGGCGGCAUCAACUCGACCGUCGACCAGAGGGAUUUGCCCGGCCUCGUUCCCGGCAAAACCCUCCUCCUCGGUGCCGACGUGACCCACCCGACGGGCGCCGGAACGGGUCGUGCAGGCGCUGAGGUCCCGCCUUCGAUUGCCGCCCUGGUCGCCGCGGUCGACUCGAGCAACAUGAAGUACGCUGCGCAAGUCCGCGAACAGGAGGGACGCAAAGAGUUCAUUACCGAGCUUUCCUCGAUGAGCGAGACCCUCAUCCGCACCUUCAUGAAGAACACGAAGGGCAGGCCGGACUCGAUCAUCAUGUUCCGGGACGGCAUCUCGGAGGGCCAGCUCGCGCCUUGCGUCCACGCCGAGGUCUCGCAGAUCAAGGCCGCCUGCCGCAAGAUCGACACCAACUGGAACCCCAAGCUCACGUACAUCGUCUGCGCCAAGCGCCACCACAUUAGGCUCUGGGCGCAGAACGAGAGGGACUGCGACCGUACGGGCAAUCUGCCUCCCGGCGUCGUCGUCGACUCGGAGAUCGUUCACCCGUACAUCUUCGAGUUCUACCUCCAAGCCCACGCGGGAUUGAAGGGCACGGCCAAGCCGACGCGCUACAUCUGCCUCCUCGACGAGAACAACUUUUCGAGCGACAAGAUUCAGAAGCUCGUCAACUCGCUCUGCUACUCGUUCGCGAGGGCAACUCGCUCGGUCUCGCUUGUGCCGGUCGCCUACUACGCCGACAUCGUCGCCGGCAAGGCCCGCUCGUUCGUUGACACGGACGACGCUUCAACCCAGCGUCUCGCGCAGGAGGCCAAGAAGCGCGACUCGCGCUACAUUCAGGACAUGCUCGACCGCAGCACGUUCGGCCAGUCGAUGUGGUUCAUGUGA